GGGAGUCUCCUCCUCCCCGCAGCGAGGCUCCGGCUCCCCGCACGCACCGGAGCGCCGGGCUCCCUCCUCCUGCUCCUCCUCCCUCCCUCCCUCCGCCUCCUCCCCCCCUUCCCUCCGCGGGUCGCCGCGGCUCCGGGAGGAGCGGGGGGGGCCCCGCUUCCUUCCCUCCCCCCCUCCUUCUCCCACCCUCAGCGCCGGGAGCGCCCGAGCGGAGGCAGACCGUACCCGGUGUAGCCCAGGCCCUGGUUCAGUUGCUCGGUGCAUGCAACCCAGAGGCAAAGCUCUCCUGUUAAGGCAGCAUUGGGGCUGAAGAAUGUAAAAAGGACAGAAUUCAGGAAAUUGAUUUCCGAAUCAACUCGCUUGGCCCGACUGCAUGAGAAUAAUUUAUUUUUAAUGGUGCCAAUGCAGCAGAGCGGAAGGUGGUGCCUGAGCAAUUCAAAAUGACUGGGACUUCUCCCUAAGGUGAAGUUAGCAUGCAAGAUUAGAGAUCAAGAUGAUAGUAACAUUAACGAUAGAAGUAACGCUACAGGAGAGUCAAAGAGCAAUUACUGUGUGGCUGAGGAAGUAAAUCAUAACUGAAAUGCAAAAGUUCUGUAUUUUACUGUGAACUGCUUGAAAUAAAAACAGACCUGAUCCUCUUUCACACUGAAGUCAAGUGCAAAAUUCCUCUUGACUUCAGGAGAAGCUGGAUUAGCUUUACACAAAAGGACCACGUUGUCCUCUGGGAAGCAGCCAUGGGGUGCAUUAAAAGCAAAGAAGACAAAGGUCCAGCCAUGAAAUACAGAACUGAUAAUACUCCAGAGCAAGUUAGUUCCCAUGUCAGCCAUUAUGGAUCAGACUCAAGCCAAGCAACACAAUCACCGGCAAUAAAGGGAUCAGCAGUUAAUUUUAAUAGUCAUUCCAUGACUCCUUUUGGAGGACCCUCAGGAAUGACUCCCUUUGGAGGUGCAUCAUCUUCAUUUUCAACUGUGCCAAGUCCAUAUCCUAGUACUUUAACGGGUGGUGUUACUGUAUUUGUGGCCUUAUAUGAUUAUGAAGCUAGAACUACAGAUGACCUUUCAUUUAAGAAAGGUGAACGAUUCCAGAUAAUAAACAACACGGAAGGAGACUGGUGGGAAGCACGAUCAAUUGCUACAGGAAAAACAGGCUACAUCCCAAGCAAUUAUGUAGCUCCUGCAGACUCCAUUCAAGCAGAAGAGUGGUAUUUUGGUAAGAUGGGCAGAAAGGAUGCAGAAAGACUACUUUUAAAUCCUGGGAACCAGCGUGGAAUUUUCUUAGUAAGAGAGAGUGAAACCACUAAAGGUGCUUACUCCCUUUCCAUACGUGACUGGGAUGAGGUCAGAGGUGACAAUGUGAAACACUACAAAAUCAGAAAACUUGAUAAUGGUGGAUACUAUAUCACAACCAGAGCACAAUUUGAAUCCCUACAGAAGCUGGUAAAGCACUACAGAGAACAUGCUGAUGGGCUGUGUCAUAAGCUGACAACUGUAUGUCCAACUGUGAAACCACAAACCCAGGGACUAGCGAAAGAUGCCUGGGAAAUUCCUAGAGAAUCUUUGAGGCUAGAGGUUAAGCUGGGCCAAGGAUGUUUUGGUGAAGUGUGGAUGGGAACAUGGAAUGGAACCACAAAAGUAGCAAUCAAGACACUAAAACCUGGUACAAUGAUGCCAGAAGCUUUCCUGCAGGAGGCGCAGAUCAUGAAGAAACUACGACAUGACAAGCUUGUUCCACUGUAUGCUGUUGUUUCUGAGGAACCAAUCUAUAUAGUCACUGAAUUCAUGACAAAAGGCAGCUUGCUAGACUUCCUAAAAGAAGGAGAAGGGAAGUACUUAAAACUCCCGCAGCUGGUUGACAUGGCUGCACAGAUUGCUGAUGGCAUGGCUUACAUUGAAAGAAUGAACUACAUCCACAGGGAUCUUCGGGCAGCUAACAUCCUUGUAGGAGACAAUCUUGUGUGUAAAAUAGCAGACUUCGGUUUAGCAAGGUUAAUAGAGGACAAUGAGUACACUGCAAGACAAGGAGCUAAAUUUCCAAUUAAAUGGACAGCUCCCGAGGCAGCGUUGUAUGGUCGGUUUACAAUCAAGUCAGAUGUGUGGUCAUUUGGAAUUCUACUGACAGAACUGGUAACAAAGGGGAGAGUGCCAUAUCCAGGGAUGGUGAAUCGGGAAGUUUUGGAACAAGUGGAACGUGGAUAUAGGAUGCCUUGUCCACAAGGCUGUCCAGAGUCUCUCCAUGAGUUAAUGAAACUGUGUUGGAAGAAGGACCCUGAUGAGAGACCAACAUUUGAAUAUAUACAGUCUUUCUUGGAGGACUACUUUACUGCUACAGAACCACAGUACCAGCCUGGAGACAAUUUAUAAGCCAACAAUCUAUGUAACAUGCACAAAUCUGCCAAAUGUAAAAGACUUGCAAAGAAUUCCUGAUGUCUUUAAGGAAUCAAAGGAAAGAAAAUCUUCGCUACUUUGCAUGCUUUUAAUGGCAAACUGGAAUUUUGUAAUACAGUUGCACAAAACCACUUUUGAAGUGUUAUAAUCUAAUUUACCAAUGAUGUGAUUUUUUUUUCUUUUUCCCGACUUAUCUCGGGGUCCAAAGGAAGCUUAGUGAAAAUACAGAAUGGUAAAACGAGUAUUGGUGUGAACAAAAGCAGCAAAACCAAUGUUUCAUAUCCUUUAUUUUCCCAGCAUUUAAUAAUCUUUCUGCUAAAGAGGGAAUUGUCUGGAAUUGCAAGUGAUCUUGAGGUAGGACAUUUUUAAAGCAGAGGAACUUUAUGGGACCAAACAAUUCCAUUCCAGUUCUGUAAGACUUCCUGCAUUCAAAAGUACAUGAGUAUUUUUCCCUUAGAGGUGGUACAACCCUGUUGAUGCAUAGUCUUGAUCUUCACGCUUCCUCUUGCAUAGACUUAAUUAGGGUAGGCAGGUUAAAAGAGAAAUUGGAACAGUGUGAGACAAACUUUGAUCUAAAUAGUAGACCUCAAUAGCGAAAUUAGAGAGCAUAAUGCACUGUGUUAAUACAUGUUAUUAAUGUAACUGGAAAAUAGCAUCAGAGUUUUCUUUUUUUCUUUCUGCAUAGCUAAUUAAGAAUAAUGAAGGUAACUAGAAAAUGAGGUAAUAUUUUAUAAAGUUACGCUGAUAAAGUAUGAUGAUAUUUGAACUUGAAACUAUAAUAAAAUUGGGGUAGGGUGGAAAUCCCUUAAUAUUCUUAUCUCCAUCUCACAAAGAGCUUUUGUAUGCGAGAACUACCUGAACAAAGCUCACCGUGAAAGCAAGACUGAAGCUGAUAAAUGGCCGCUUUUAGUCCAUUUUCAGACACAGAUUUGGUACUGUUAUAUGUGGCUUUUAUAUUGUUAAUAAGGGUGGGUGCCACAAAUGUAAACUGUCACUAGUUCAGGGAUUUAGUUGCACUUUUGCUUUUCUUGACUAUUAAGACACUCUUACACACAGUUUCUCUUCUCACUUUCGCCCUUCCCGUAGAAUUAUUUAACUAAAAGUAAACAGAAGAAAAUGUGAAAGUUUAAAAACUAAAGGGAUAAAGUAUAUUUAAUGUUGACCGAAUAUAGUGACAAUGAACUUUUGCUGGCAUUCAGCACAGCUUAUACAACAUCUAGAUUUAUUUUCUUCCGCUGCUGACAUAUCGAGCAAUAACAUCAUGUCUUCUAUUCAACAAUUUGCAUGAGGUUUUUGAAUUUCUGAUCAAGCUUGUAUAAUUUAAUUUUGAAACACUAAACUCAUACUUACCUGGUGGGUUGAAAUUAAUAUUACUCUUGUAAAGCUAUCCAACAAGCGGAUUUCAGAAAAGUUGGUAAUAUAGUUCCGGUACUAAACCUGACCUUUUCUUCAUGGAUUUACACUACAUUGAAUCCAACUACCAAAUGGAUCUGUAUAAGACCAGUGCCAUCAUUUCCAUUUUCCCUCAUUAUCCCUUAUCACCUGUAUAGCUGUGGUUAUCAAAUUUUAAAAGGGCUUUAUGUAAAAAAAAAAAAAAAAAAAAAAAAAAAAAAAGCCAAAAAAUUUGAAUUUUAAUUUUUCUAAAUAUUUUAAAAUGAAUAACACAAUCAUAUGAGUUUAUGUAUUAAUACAGCUAUAACAAAGAAUGCCAAAAAAUGACACUGGCAUUGUUUGGAUUUUAAUUACUGAAUGGAACAAUUCAUUGUAGUAACACUUGUAUAGUAAAGGAAUAAAACACUAACUUAAUGAACGUGUUCAUUGUAAAUGGUUGUGUAUUAUAAAACUUCCCCAAAAGAGAUUGUAUGUUUAUGAAAAUUUAUUUGUGUUUCACCUCAAAACCUUGAUGUGGUUCUUACCCUAACAGAGUUUAAAAUUCACAUUCACCUUUUUUAUAUAAAUAGUAAUAAGUUUAAUUAUGUAACUAAGUAUUUUUAUAAAGUAUGGCAUUGUUGAACUGUUUUGCAGAAUUGGUUCAAAAUAAAUUUCUCCUUGAUUGUCUCUGCUUAUUUUAAAAAAAAGAAAAGGGGAAACAAAAACAGAGUAACCUUCUUGGGGAGGGGAGAAGGGAGGGAAUAAAAGGGGAAAUUGAACUUUGAAGCGACAGCUACCUUGAGGUGUAUGCUUUUCUCUGUAAACUGUUUUAAUGUACUUUCAUAAAAGAUGCUGAGUUCAUGGUGUGUUAUAAACUAUUGCUGUGAAAGGAAGACUUUUUCUAGAGCAGUUCAGAAGUCCUUGGCAAGAGCUGGCUAAAACAAUUCUGUCUAGGCUUAAAAUUGACCUUGGAUGGACAGACGGACAGACUUGGCAUUCUUGGGACAAAAAUUCCAAAGUAGACUCUCAGUUGGUGAUCACUGCUGCACCGUAGGCAAAUACACUUCCUGUUUCUUACUUAUCUGGCAUUAGCAGUCACUGUUGAUUUCUGUGCAAUUUUCAGGGAAUUUCAUAAAUUUGUUCUUGUGAUAGUGGAUAUUUUUUCUCAAUUACGUUGAAUGUUACCUAUCUCAAUGACCAGUACUACUCAAAUUCCACAUUCUGAGGUGUAUAUUCAGUGCCAUUGUAGAUUAAGCAGCUAGUACUGUCAACAUACUGUUUGAGUUUCAAUAAUAACUAAUAGAGCACUACAAGAGUUCUUACAGAAGCUAUGAACUGCAAAGUUUACUGUAUUUUUAAUAGUUCCUGUAAUGUAAUUAAUGUUUUGCUGUUUCUAAUGACAACAACACUGUAAUAUUUCUAGUAAUCUGUACUCUCCCUGUUCUCCAUCAGACCUUGUCAUACCCAUUUUCUUGUGGUAGGGCUGCAGAUUGUUUCUGUCAUGCAUUGUUUCAAGAUGUAGUAUUUGAAAAAUAUUUUCAUAUGAUUUUUGAGUAAAUAUCCAAACAUAGAAGUGUGUAUGAUCCUACUGUUUCGAUGAAAUACAUCUUAUUUCAGCAUAAAGCAUCAGAAAAAGAAUCUUAUGUGUUCUUAGCCUUGAAAGCAUUGAAUUUCAUCAUUCAUUACAUUUAUGACUAGCUCUUACCUCUGAAAAUGAGCCUUGGAAGGGUAAUUGAGGGGUGGGAGGAGGUGUCUCAUAACUUGAUGAUGGGUAGAAACAAGACAGAAAAUUAUUCUUACCCUCAUUCUUCCAAGUUACUGGCAAUUCUGAAAUAUGAUCUACACCAUAUUGAGAAACCACAACUGUGGAAUGAAUAUAAACCUAACAAUCUAAUAAUGAGCUCCAAACUCUUGUUAUUUAUUUCAAUCUGUUUAAUCCAAUAAAAUUUUGUUCUUUUCUGUGAA